AUGUCGUCCCGUUCGUCCCUCAGUAUCCUGUCGAGUCCGCCCGAUGAUAUAGACACCUGGAUCCUAGGUAGCAGUCUACCCUCGCUGACAGCUGCUGUGCAUUUGAUUCAAGAAGCUCAGCAUUCGGCUUUCAGCCAUGGCAUAGCGCCGUGGAAUUCCGUCGUUGCGUCGGUUACACACGAUCUUCACGGUCUGAACCAUCCGCGUUCACUGGAUCGAGGCCCGUUCAAUCGUCACGAAGCCAUCACCGUCCCCGUCGUCCAGUUCCUGCAGUCCCAAGAAUCCGACUUUCAAUUCCACACAACCGUCACCGACAUCCUCCUAUACCCUGAUUCUCACCACGUCACAGCAAUCCGUACCCACACCUCACAGACUGAAUGCACUAUCACGCUGCGCAAACAAGAUAUCGUCGUCGUCUCCCUGGGAUCCGUCUUGUCCGGCGCCACCACAGGCUCCAACUUCGUCCCGCCAUCACUCGACCUCAUGGAAGACCCACGCUUCCGAAACGCGUACAACUUCUGUACCCGCGCCGACGAAUUCUGUCUCGAGUCCUUCACUGUCACCCUACACAACCCACAAUUCUUCUCCGUCUUCAUCGCCCUCACGGUCAAUUCCCCGAGUCUCGUCUUCGUCACCCUCCAGGACGCCAACUGGCUCCUCAAGGGGAUACGCGCUACGGCGCGACAGAAGCGGAGAAACAUCGACAAGACUAUGUUGGAAUGCUCUGGCGAAGAGAACAUGACCGAAUUACCCUGUCAUUUGAAGUUCCCUUUGCAGGAUAUCAUACCACAUAGCACUACCGUGCCGUGCGUCGUGUCCCGUAUGUCUACGUCAUUGUUGGUGCGUGCCCUUCAGAUCGACCACAGUUCAUCCCUGACGGAAUGCCCAACCUGGCGCGCAUCGGUCAAUUCGUUGAGAUCCCGGAUGAGGCCGUCGUUACGAUGGACUAUGGCGUUUGGGGUGUUCAAUGGGCAGUCUCGCGACUUUUGGUGUUUGAUCGGAAGUGGAGGAAGUCGAAGAGGAAUUCGGUAG